AUGUCCGCGAUCCAGAAGAAUGUUGAAUCAGCCUCCGAGGCAUACCCCUCCUUGUUCACGCAGGGGCAUCUUGCUCUUCCGCCAGCCAAGAAAUAUCUUGUGUUGACUUGCAUGGAUGCUCGAAUCGAUCCCGCGCAAGCAUUCGGUAUUAACCUUGGAGAUGCUCAUGUGAUUCGGAAUCUUCUGGGCACUCAAGAGAUUGUCCUUGUCAAGCACACUGGAUGCGGUAUGCUGACAUUCAAGAAUGAAGAUGCCCAGGGGUUGGUUGAGAAGAACCUGGGAUCUGAUGCCUUGGCUGAGCUCAAAUCCCGUCAGCUGGACUUUCUUCCCUUCUCAGACCGGGAAGGGGCGGUAAGGAAGGACGUGCAGUAUCUCAGCGAUAGCAAGCUGGUGCCAAACAACAUUACCAUCAGCGGCUGGAUUUAUCAGCACCUGCGCGAGUUGCUCAACGCCCUCUUGUCCAACUGGAGAACGAUGGCGAACAGGACCACCGAAAAGGCUCAGGAAGAGCGCCCAUCUCAGAAGUCUUCCAGUUGCGGUGGCGAUGUGAAACCUGUUGAACCGCGAACCUCUGAAACUUCGACCACCACCACAACGCCUCCGGACCAUCUUGCUUUGGAGCAGUUCAAUGCGCUAAUCUGUGGGGAUGGCUGGAAAAGUCUCGACGAGCCGCCUCCAUUGCCGUUCGAUGUGCGACACCAUACGUUGUCUGUGUCAAUCUUCACGGUUUUGGUCCUUGCAGAAUGUUGUUUUCUUCCGAUCGCGCUGUACUACGGGCUGAGUAAAGGCACCAACAUGAGAUCUGGGAUCUACUUUGCCAUCAUCACAAGUUUGUUUGGCUUCGUCACUGGCUAUGAAUUUGGAGUUCGAAGCUGGCGGUUGAUACGACCGAGUGAUCAAUAUCGGCCAUUGUUUGGCAGUCCGCGGUUUUGGGGCCUCGACAGCACCCAAUACGUUCUGAUGACGCCUUUCACGGUCAUGACGAUCAUUUUGAUCAUUUUCAGCAUUCCGCAUUAUCCUUCAGUCCGAGCUUUAGCGCUUCCUAUGCCGGUCGGAAUGAUAGUGACCGGCGUGAUACUGGUUGUCAACGGCUGGGCUGCUCACCAUCAUUGGACGUUAAGAUACUUCCGGCUCAGUUCACAUGUGAAGAACUCAAUCUGUCCACCGCUCACAUUCUGCCUGUUCGAGGACAUCUGUGCUGUGGACGGAAAAGGGGGAAAGAAUUUUCGCACGGCCGCCCUAGUCAGAUACCAUGCUUCUCCCCGUUUUCGAGCGCUGCUGAUGCAUUUGUUAUGGUUCUGGUCCGUGCCCGCAAUUGUCAUUGGCGCAGUGCUAAUUGUGGCGAUAUACCUCACUAGUGAUGACAUUGCCUAUGGUAUUGGCUGGGGCGCUCCCACGGUGUGGGCAGUCAUUUGGACAUGGAUCACGGUCGGAUGGGCGAGGAGGGCACUGGCGAUUGAGAGGAAGACUUGGUCGUCAGACAGGUUGCAAUCGACACAGGGAUUGACAUGA